GUAGAACGGGAUUGAAAACGAGGCUCCACUUCCGCCAUCCUAGAAAAAAACUGGGAGGUGCAUGGUUCACACUUCUGAACUUUGGCAAGUUUCCGAAGGUUUGUCCUCAUUUUAUCUUAAGACAUGUCGAAGAACACGGGAGCAUCGAGGUUUAGGAAGGUCGACGUCGACGAGUUCGACGAAAACAAAUACGUAGAAGACGUAGACGAGACGCCAACAGGCACCGGACCGAACGAACAGGAAGUGAACAGCCUACUUCAGCAAGGUGAGAAUGUCGAAGCAUUAAAAAGAGUGCUGUCUAACCCACCAACUGGAGGCAAGAACCAGGCAGAAAAGGACCAAGCAGGCCGUCUGGUUCUGAGGGUCCUUUUGACCUUUAAGAAGUCUGAAGUGGAUAAAGGCAUCAAGGCACUAGACAGCCAACAGCUGGACCUCCUGAUGAAGUAUAUCUACAGAGGCUUCGCGAACCCAGCAGACGACAGUAGCAGUAGUGCACUUCUGAUCUGGCAUGAAAAGGCAUAUGCAGUUGGAGGACUUGGCUCAAUAGUGCGUGUGUUGACUGACAGGAAAACAGUAUGAUGCACCAGGAUCCCACCAAUCAUCACAUCACAUCUUCCACUCGAUAAUAAUGUCUUUUAGUCAUGGCAUCCA